AUGGCCCUCGUGGCGUGGGUUCUAUCCAUCGCCUACAGUGCCACAGCCCUCGUGAUGCAACACUUUGGUGGAGGAUAUCACGUUUACGAAAUAUCGAAGGAGAACCUCGUCGGAUUCAAGAAGCUGAACUCCUCUCUGGGGCUGUACGCCGACACCCUCGUGUACGGCCCAAACUCCUUCUUCACCAAGCUCACCCUACUUCUCAUCGUUACGAGGGUUUUCAGAACCUACAAGAAGACUGUGAUAGCUACCUACGCCGUCAUCGUAUUCAUGAUUGGAUAUUACGCGCCUGUCCUCGUAAUAAAGACACUAAUCUGCCGUCCCAUCGCCGGCUUCUGGGAUCCGGACUUACCGGCGGACUGCUUCAACCAGCGUGCCGUAUUCGUCGCGGAUACGGCCGUCAGCGCCGUGACCGACCUCGCAGUUCUGACUAUCCCGAUACCCGUAGCCGUAACGCUCAGAAUGUCCUGGUCGAAGAGACUGAAGGUACUCGCCAUGCUUAGUGCGGGAGGGUUAGCCACGGCGGCGAGCAUUGUCCGCAUGAUUCUCGUGGUACAGCUGCAAAAGUCGAACGAUGAGCCGGUGGAUUUCAUCCGUUUCAAUCUUCUCGGAACAGCCGAAGUAAGUAUCGGCAUGAUCUGCGCGUGCCUCCCAGCUGUCAACAUUCUGGUAAUGCGCCGGUGCGACUUUACACCGAACUCAAGCCGGGCCACGAGAAAUUUCUUUGCGCCCAUUGAGUUGAAGUUUUUGAAAGGAAGCAAGCUUCAAACGCAGCACCUGACAGGCGUCUUGAGGACUAGUGAGCUGGGCAUGGAGUCUUCGUCGGUGAACCCCUCCGAGCAGGUUUCACAAGGAACACAGGUGAUGCAUGAGCCGAGAGACUUCGUCUUUCCGUUUGAAAGGCUGAGCCGGAUUGAGUCGAUACCACUGCGAAACCCAGAAUCGGGGAGACCUGAUAGUUGGUACACCAAGGUUACUUCGCCGACGUUUUCGGGUCCUUCGUCACCGGAAUGGGCUCGGAAGGGUGCUGAUGAGAACAUACGGCAAUUAGAGUCAGGUGAUAGACGGGACACUUAG